UAUCGUAUAUACAGGUAAUUCAAUCGAAAUGUAAGUUUUUUUUAUAUUUUUCGCUGAAUAUCUAUUAUGCUCGUGGGUCACACCCCAUAUCAGACACACAGUGGAAUUUUCACUCUUCAAAGCAAAUGGCUCCAGAGAUUUAAGAGAUUGUAACCUUUUGUUUUGUUUAAAUGUAUCUUUCUUCAGGUAAAGAACCUUUCCAACAUUCUGAUAAUGAACAAAAAAGAGAUGUGGAAAAUGGAAUGUAAAUGAAUCGCAUAUGUUCGUUCGGUGAUUGUUUUGAUCUCAGUGACACCAGAGCAGUGUCUGGCCACUAAUAUCACCGGACCUUAUCGACCCUUAUUGGUUCCAAUGAAUUUGCCUAUAUGUUUUUCAUAUUGCUGUGUGACUUAAAUGUAGCCUUCGCACUAGCACGUCGCGUGCACAUUUACACAUCCUCUUCAAAUGAACGGCGAAUGUUAACAGUAUAUACAGUAUGAUACGUAUCAUCAUAUGAUAAGAUAAAUACAUGUAUAUCUGUGGCACAUCACUUACAUUAUGUACAUCACAUUACUGGUACAAGAAAUUUAUUAGGUAUAGAUGGUAUAUGCUGUCCAGUACCACACACACACACACACACACACACACACACACACAUUACACAAAACGUAUAUAUACUCCUGUUGAUAAUAGGAUAAUACGUUUUAUGUAAUGUGUGUGUGUGUGUGUGUACAUAUACCUACACACACUAACAAAUAUUCAGGAUGUACUCAUACCCUGUAUAUUUGUAUGAAUGUAUAUAUGCCUGUGAAUCUGACAGCGUCUUUGUUUUCGUUUUAACCUGGUAGAUGCCUAAGACCUAAUGAGAACAAGUUGGAUAUAUGAAUUUUCUCAUAGUACUUUUCUGGUAAAUCUCUCAAUUAAUGGCUACAGGCGUCGCAAGUAGAUGCUGAAAUGAUUGGUGGUACGCGGGGCGUCCUUCUGACAUCAAGUAACAAUACGAGGAGGGCAGAAGCUCGCGCGGCGGAUGCAGUCACGCUUGCGUUUUUAAAAUAUUUCAAUGCUGUAGGGCCGUGGCGGUGGACAAACUGACCAGAACGUGUAAAUAAAAACAGUACUACCCCCAGAACGAGGCGUUCCUUACAGACUUUUUUUGGAUCAAUCACGCAGACAGUGGCUUCUUUUGAUUAAACCCCAAAUUGUCAUUGGGCAGAAGUAAUCAUGUGACAAGCAAUUCGGUCCAAUUUCAACCUUGUCUCCAUGAAUUCAAUAGUUUAAUAGUAGCGCGGUCCCCAUACGGCCGUAAUCAGUGAAUUAGAAAAAACACUAGCAGCGAUUUUUAUGAUUUUUUAAUCUGGCCACAAAAUUCAAAUAAGAGCUAACUUUCCAAAGCUCUGAGGGAGAGGAGAUGAAUUACGAAUUUGAGCGAGAGACUGGUUUUAUCAACAGUCAACCGUCGCUUGCUGAGUGCCUGACAUCUUUUCCCCCUGUCGGUGAUUCAUUUCAAAGUUCAUCAAUCAAGAGCUCGACGCUUUCACACUCGACACUGAUUCCUCCUCCUUUUGAGCAGACCAUUCCCAGCCUAAACCCCGGCAGCCACCCUCGCCACGGCCGGCCCAAGCACAGCCCCAAUGGCUGUAGUCCGCUGCCGACCGCAUCUCUUCCUCCGGAGUAUCCCUGGAUGAAGGAAAAAAAAGCUUCCAAGAAGAAUCACUUGCCGACACCAACGUCCACAGCCGUUGCAGCAGGACCAGUCUGCUUCUCGCCUAAAGGGUCGCCCGAGAUUCCGGAGAGUGGCAGCGGGGGAUCGCGCAGGCUGAGAACUGCGUACACCAACACGCAGCUCCUGGAGCUGGAGAAAGAAUUCCAUUUCAACAAGUACCUCUGCAGACCGAGGAGGGUGGAGAUCGCCGCUUUACUGGAUUUGACCGAGAGGCAAGUGAAAGUGUGGUUUCAGAACCGAAGGAUGAAACAUAAAAGGCAAACCCAAUGCAAGGAGAACCAGAAUAGCGAGGGAAAGUUGAAGCGUAUGGAAGACGGAGCACAGGUCGAGGAGGAGAAAUCUCUUUACGAGCAAGCCCUAAACAACGUGUCAGGGGCCCUUCUGGAGCGAGAGACCUACUCCUUUCAACAAAACUCGCUAACUCCGCAACAGCCUCAGAACAUCCACAAUGGAGAUUCCCAAAGUUUUACUGUUUCGCCUUUGAACAGCAAUGACAAAAAUCUUAAAAAUUUUCCCAAUCCGUCACCCACUGUUCCAGGCUGCAUGUCCACAAUGGGCCCGGAGUCCGCAUCUGGCCUAGACAAUGGUAGUCCCUCGGCCCUGGACGUUUCUUCUUUACAGGACUUUCACGUAUUCUCCGCAGAUUCCUGCCUACAUCUUUCAGAUGCCGCUUCCCCCAGUCUGUCAGAAUCUCUGGAUAGUCCCGUGGACAUAUCUACGGACAGCUUUUAUUUUUUCUCGGACACUUUAACAACUAUCGAUUUGCAGCAUCUGAACUACUAAACUGAAAUUGAAACAAACCCAAGAACACAAGUACACCGUUCUUGUCUUCAGAGUUUUAUAUAUUAUUAGUACAUUUUCUUCGUGGCUUAACUGAUUAGAUAACUAAUCAUGCAGAGGUAAGAUUUCACCAUAUAAUUUGUGUAAAUAAUUAGUUUGAUAAUAUUUGAAUUAAAAUUCGAACAGGCGACUAUCCGAAAGCAAUAUAAUUGUGUGUAAAAAGAGGAAAAAUAGAAAUGAAUCUUUGUCCUUUUAUUUUUGUAUCGCUUUCGGGUACAAUGUCAAUAAAUAUUUUUGUUAGAAUAAACUUGACUUGCUACAA